AUGAAGAUCUUCGCCGCAAUACUCGUCGUCGUCUCCAUCAUCGUCGCCGAAGCCUCCCCAAGCUCCCUCCACUCCUACCAACAGAAGCAAGGAGAGUUGGACAGCAAAUGGAUCAAGUCCAUGCUUGAAAAGCCACGCGUCACUCAUGAUUCUCAUGGAAAGAGAAUAUUCUAUAUGGAUGGGAAGGAAGACUUCUUCUGGGGAUGGGUCUUUGAUGAGGAGAAGUUCUCGUCUGCUGAGCUCUCACACGAAGAAUGCAAGCUCAAGACGUUGAGCUUCUCGACGGUCUCUAUGACCCAGGCGGAUUGCGAAGAUCUCAAAUGUCCACGACUCGAAGAUUCUCCAACUCCGUCUUCUUCGAUUCUCAAUGUCAGCGUCCUCUCUACAGCUUCUCAACAGUACCCCUUCUCUCUACAGUACUCUAUAUUCCGUCUCCAUUGA